UAUCAAACUCUGCAUGAUCAAAUUUGUGAACAAACGAGAACAUCGCCAUCAUAUUAAUGUAUAAACUUGAAUGCUCGUCUUAUACACUCAGUUUCACUUCCUGCUUGUUUUAAUUUUCUAAUGCUGCGUGCUGUUCGUUUUUAUACACUUGCUUUAAUUUUCUCGAAACCUUAUGUGUAAUUAUUGAAGCUCCCUUUUCACUUUAUAACGAACAAAAAUAAGUAGAGAUUCAAAGUCGAUAAUAUUAGUAGAAGAAAAAGAAGCCAUGAUGCCUACAUCUUCCUCUGUUUCCAUGCCUUUAUUUCCUCAGUUGGCAGAAAUGAGCGAAGAGGACAAAUUAAGAUUGGUCGCACGGUAUUUACCAUGCGAUGUUUGCCCGACAUCGUCCUCAUCAGCCUGCAGAGGUUGGCGACCGAAAAGUGAUAGCAGCAAGGUCGGUCGCGAGAAAGGUUGUCGUUGUGGCCAUGACUUUGAACAUCAUGUAGAUAAGGGUCAAGACCUUAACAGACGGCUAAAAGUCGCACUUCGAUUGAAUGAGCUAUUGGAAGAAAAAGGACAAACAGAAGAUUAUGAAGACGAAGAUAUUACUUCUUUGAAAAAGUAAAAUGAGAAUAAAGCCAUGAUAAUGCAUUGUUCGUUUCUCAAACUCAAACCCAUAUC